AUGACUGUAGGGCCCAAAACUGUGGUAGUACUCGGCGGCUCCUUUGUCGGACUGUCCGCGGUCCGGGAAUUGCUCGCCAAACUACCAAGCACGCACAGAGUGCUCCUGAUUGAACCACACAGCCAUUUACAUUAUCUCUUCGCUUUUCCUAGAUACGCCAUUCUUCCAGGUCAUGAACACAAGGCAUUCGUUCCAUACACUGGGACAUUUUCCGAGGCGUCGGACCCAUCUCAACAUGCUGUUGUGCAAGCCAGAGCAGUGUCCUUAACCGCGAACCAGGUGAUUCUCGAUCGAGAAUGGCAGGGUUCCAAUGUCAUCUCGUUUGAUUAUGCUGUCAUCGCGACAGGCACCCGACUUUCUCCGCCCGGCUCAGUGGAGCAUGAUGAGAAGCCGCAAGGCAUCGAAUACUUCAAGUACCACCAAGACUUAGUCAAAAAGGCUGGUUCGAUUGUCCUCAUUGGCGGUGGCGCGGUUGGUGUUCAAAUGGCCACUGACAUGAAGGAGAUCUAUCCGGACAAGAAAGUGACCCUGGUUCACUCCCGAGACCACCUGAUGCAAGUUUAUCACCACAAGUUGGAUGAAGUGAUCCGAGAUCGUUUCAAAGAGCUUGACAUCGAUGUGAUCACUGGCACACGAGCCGUCCUUCCACCAAAGGGCUUCCCGUCGGACGGUAGCCUUUUCGAUCUGGAGCUCCAGAAUGGCCGCAAGAUUCCCACUAAUCUCGUCAUUCUUGCAACUGGCCAGACGGCGAACAGCCAGUUUCUCAAAGACCUGGAGCCAUCUACCAGUACCUCAAUCUUGAACCCCAAUAAUGGAUUUAUUCGCGUCCAGCCUACUCUACAACUUCAGGAUCCCAAAUAUUCCAACAUAUUCGCGGUUGGCGAUGUAGCAGACACUGGAGCCAGAAAGGCAGCCCGUCCUGGAGUGGAACAGGCGGCGGUGGCUGUCUCAAACAUCGCCUCUAUGAUUGCAGGCAAGGAACCCAACGAACAGAUGGUCCUUGGACGAUUGGCAAUUCAUCUUACUCUAGGAUUACACAAAAAUAUUGUCUUCUUUAAUCCCGACAAGGGCAAAACGGAAGCAGAAGUAAUGUAUCUAGACAAUGGUCUUGCGGACAUGGGUAUCGGGGCCUACAAAGUUUGGGAAGGCCGAGGUCUGACCGUCACGAAGGAGGAAGACUACUAUCUGUAA